AUGGACAUAUACAGAGACAUAAACUUAGCAGUACACUUUAUAUCCAGGAGUACUAAAGUGUCCAGGAGACUUAUUCAAGUACUUAUAAGGAUACAUAAUAAGAAGAUUAUAAAGUUAUCAUAUGAAGUAAAAAGGGCUAUAUGUAAGUGUUAUACUAUUAUGAUACCAAGUAUUACGUGUUACAGUCGUGUAUCUCAUGAAACAGACGGGUAUUAUUUAAUGCGGGUGUGCGGUGUGUGUGGAGAAAUCAGUAAAAUGAGAAUGGGUGCCAAGAAAAGAUUUUAUAAUGGAGGAGAAGAGGAGACUAACAAAGAAAGAGAAAAAGGAGUUAAAGUAUUUAAGACUUAA